CUCACCCCGGAAAAGCCUGAGGGUUUUGUUUUCUUCCUUUGUAUUUUGUUCUAAACCAAUCACCGUGAAAAGCCGGGUUAAUAAAACACAUUUUUUUCCACUGUCAUAAUAAAUUCCUUGAAGCAGAAACAGAACAGAGCAGCCUUCUCCAUGCAGGAACAUUAGGACGGCAGGAGACUUGGCUUCAUCUCCCGCUGCACUGCUGCUGCGGACCAAUCAUAGGCUUCAUCUCUUAGUCACUGCUACUGUGGGCCAAUCAUAAGUUUCGUCUCUCCUGGGCACUGCUGCUGCAGCUGGAGCACGGAAUGUUAUCUCCUCCACACUCUGGGACGCUGGAGAAGCUCUUCCAGUACAUAGACCUCCACCAGGAUGAGUUUGUGCAGACCCUGAAGGAAUGGGUGGCCAUUGAGAGUGAUUCUGUGCAGCCCAUGCCUCGUCUCAGACAGGAGCUCUUCCGGAUGAUGGCCUUAGCCGCAGACAAACUCCGGAACCUGGGAGCUAGGGUGGAUUCUGUAGACCUGGGUUCUCAGCAGAUGCCUGACGGUCAGAGUCUUCCCAUACCUCCUAUCAUAUUGGCUGAACUUGGAAAUGAUCCCAGGAAGCCCUCCGUAUGUUUCUAUGGGCACCUGGAUGUGCAGCCAGCUCAGAAGGGGGAUGGGUGGCUCACGGAGCCCUACACGCUGACAGAGGUGGAUGGGAAACUUUAUGGACGGGGAGCGACAGACAACAAAGGCCCUGUCUUGGCUUGGAUUAAUGCCGUGAGCACCUUCAGAGCUCUGCAGCAGGAUCUUCCCGUGAACGUCAAGUUCAUCCUGGAAGGGAUGGAGGAAGCUGGUUCUGUCGCCCUGGAGGAACUCGUCAAAAGAGAAAAGGACAACUUCUUCUCCCGUGUGAACUACAUUGUGAUUUCAGACAACCUGUGGCUCAGCCAGAAGAAGCCUGCACUCACUUGUGGAACCCGGGGGAACUGCUACUUCACGGUGGAGGUAAAGUGUAGAGAUCAAGAUUUCCAUUCUGGAACCUUUGGUGGCAUCCUCAACGAACCAAUGGCUGACCUGGUUGCUCUUCUAGGUAGCCUGGUAGAUUCAUCAGGCCACAUCCUAGUUCCUGGAAUCUAUGAUCAAAUGGCCCCUAUUACAGAGGAGGAAAAGACAAUGUAUGGAAACAUUGAUCUGGACCUAGAAGAAUACCAGAAGAGCAGCCAGGUUGAAAGAUUUCUGUUUGAUACCAAGGAGGAGCUCCUCACGCAUCUGUGGAGAUACCCGUCUCUCUCCAUCCAUGGCAUCGAGGGUGCAUUUGAUGAGCCCGGAACUAAAACAGUCAUUCCCGGCCGCGUCCUAGGAAAAUUUUCAAUCCGUCUAGUCCCUCACAUGACUCCGUCUGUGGUGGAGACACAGGUGACGCAGCAUCUAGAAGCGGUGUUCUCAAAAAGGAAUAGUUUCAACAAGAUGGCUGUUUCUAUGGUACUAGGACUCCACCCGUGGACUGCAAACAUCAAUGGCACUCAAUACCUCGCAGCACGAAGAGCCAUCAAAACAGUGUUUGGAGUCGAUCCUGACAUGAUCCAGGAUGGGUCAACCAUUCCAAUUGCUAAAACAUUCCAGGAUAUCACCCAAAAGAGUGUGAUGAUGCUCCCGCUGGGGGCUGUGGACGAUGGAGAGCACUCCCAGAAUGAGAAGAUCAACAGGUGGAACUACAUACAAGGGUCGAAAUUAUUCGCUGCCUUUUUCCUGGAGUUGUCAAAGCUUCAUUCAGGACAGCAGGUGCCUUCCGGAGCAUUCUGACCCACCAGCAAGAUCUCCCCACCUCAGACCCCCGGCAAAGCUGGAGUAGGGAAAAUUCAGGAAAUAUGGAAGAUGAAAUGUUUGGAAGCACAGAUGCUGGAGAGGUUUUAACAGUCCCUCUGUCACUUAACUUCCACAAGUCUCAGCUACCUGGCUGGUCAGUCCCUGAAACCACUGUAAGGCUGGGACUGCCUUCUAGUGCAGGUGGGCUGACCCUUCAGGCAAUUAGGUUCUCACUUUCACUUCCAUAGGCUCAGUCCUCCAGUUCACUUUCCAGGCCUGAAGAGCUGUGGUUCCCAAUCAUUGGACCUGGGGGGGGGGGGUCUCAGGACCUGAGUCAUCUUCACCUCUGUUUCCUUAAUAAUGGAAGUGGUGGCUUUCAUCACUGACUAGAGUGAUUUUCCCGUGGAUUCAUUUUUAGAAGAGUUACUAGAACAUGUCUCUGUGUUACCUUCUUGCCUCCCCUUCAUUUAUUUUCUCCAGAUUCUUGAACAUUCUGAAGCUAAAAGAUCAGUAUUCAUACCCUCACACCGUUUGGAAUCCUUGUGCAAAGAUGAAUUGUUCUCUUUAAUUCCAAAUUUCUUCAGCUUUACCUGCUCAGCCCCUCUGCCACCCAUCCUCCAACCCCGUCAGUAAAGCCCCUUCCCUGCAAACAUGUGCACCCGCCAUUCUACCAGCAACAUUCACCCCGAUGGAAUUUCACGCCAUUGAAAUUUUGCCUGAUGAGUUUAUUUGAAUUGCUUAAAGCUUUUAAUACCACCAGCGUUAGAUGGAAAACUAAUCAGCCCUGACAUCAGCAAGACAUUCUCGAUUUAAAGCUCUCAGCUAAAUCUGCAUCCACUAAUCAUUUCAGUUAACUAUCUUGUUUGGCUCGAUUGGGCUUGGUGGUGUAAACAUUACAAAAAGUUAAUUUUUUUCUUACAGUCAAGUGUAUAUAAAUAAACCGAUUCUUCUAAGUUCAUUACUUAAAUCCCGUUAAUAGGAAAGAACUUGAAGGCUUAUUUUUAAAUGCUUCUCUUAUGGUUCCAAAUAAAAACAUUCCAUAACA